UUUCUUUGGAGGGAAUGUGAUAAUUAAAUCAAGGGAUGCUGAUAAUAUUAGCAGGUCCUAGUCAAUACAGUAUGAUGAUGAUGCUCAUUAAAUUGACGGAGUGACGUUUGUGUACUGAUCAUCUGUUUUACAUUCACAGGUAGACGUAAGUAGGACAUGUUGAAUGGUGAUCAGUCCAACUUUAGGUACUACCAGACCAGAAAUCCAAUAACCAUGCCGUUAGAGCCGCUCAAACGAUCUCAGAUGAACACCACUCAGGAACGAGUCUUCUUGGAGGCAGUGGAAAGGGGAGAUAAACCCACUGUCAUCAGAUGUCUGCAAGGACCAUAUCCAGUUAAUAUUAACUGUACCAACAUGCUUGGACGCUCAGCUAUUCAGAUUGCAGUAGACAAUGAAAAUGUGGAACUUGUAGAAAUUCUUCUGAAGCAGGAAGGGGUGAAGAUUGGGGAUGCCCUUUUAUACGCCAUUACAGAAGGGGUGUACAAAAUUGUAGAAAUGCUGAUUGAUCAUCCGAGCAUCACUUUAGAAAUGCUUGGACCUGAUUGGUGGAAAUCUCAGAGGCGAGGUGAGGAAAGUUCUGAUUACUCCUCAGACAUUUCACCCAUAAUCCUGGCAGCCCACUGUAACCAGUUUGAGAUCCUCCAACUGAUUCUCCUGAGAGGAGCCAACAUUAAGUUCCCCCACAUGUUGUCAUGCUCCUGUCAGGAAUGCCAGGAACAGGUCAACGAGGACAGUCUCAGGCAUUCCCUGUUCCGCAUCAAUUCCUACAAAGCCCUGGCUAGCCCGGCAUGGAUCUCCCUCACCAGCCCUGAUCCGAUUCUCACGGCCUUCAAACUCUCCUGGGAACUACAGAAACUGGCCCUGACCGAGAACGAAUUCAAGGACACGUACAUUCAGCUUAGUGACCAGUGUAAGAAGUAUGCGUGUGAUCUGAUGGACCAGUGUCGGAGCAGUGAGGAGGUUAUCGCUGUUCUGAACAGGUGUUCGGACUCGGAGGAAGAGGAGGAUGAAGAGGAGGGAAACUGUCCACCCCUCACGGAGAAACUCACUCUGUCCAGACUGAAGCUGGCACUCAAAUACGAACAGAAGCAGUUUGUAUCCCAUCCCCACUGCCAGCAGUUAUUGACGUCCAUUUGGUACGAGGGUCUGCCUGGGUGGAGAAAGAGGAAUGGCCUGACCAAGUUCCUGCUAUGUAUGGGGCUUAUCCUGAUCGGUCCAUUCAUGGCUGUAUAUUACCUGAUCUUCCCGCGGAGCAAGAUAGGACAACUCCUGCGGAGUCCAUUUAUGAAGUUUCUAUAUCACAGUGCCUCGUUUGGGGUGUUUCUGAUUCUCCUGGUGCUCUGUUCUACAGACAUCAGUAGUCCCAGCGAUCGAGGAAACAUACGGGGACCGCCACCCUCAGAACUCGAGUGGCUCAUAUUCUUAUGGGUGAUGGGGUUUGUUUGGGCUGAGUGUAAACAGUUGUGGGAGGAAGGACUGAAGGCGUACACCAGACAAUGGUGGAACUGGCUAGAUUUCCUGAUGCUAUCGCUCUAUAUCGCUACGUUUUCUCUCCGACUUGUGGCGUACGUACAGAUAGAAUCAGGUAAAUACGGAGACAGGGACAUUCCCAGGAAGGACUGGCCCAUCAUUGAUCCUACCCUUCUAGCUGAGGGGCUGUUCGCAGUGGCCAAUGUUUUUAGCUUCUCUCGUAUCAUAUUCUUGGCUCAGGCUAAUCAACAUCUAGGACCCCUUCAGAUCUCUUUGGGAUGCAUGUUGAUUGACAUUGGGAAAUUUCUCUUCAUUUUCUUCCUGGUGCUGACAUCCUUUGCGUGUGGAAUGACCCAGCUCUACUGGUACUACUAUAACAGUCGUGUUCCAGAGGACCCAGUGGCAUUUGUAUCGCUGGGGGAGAGCUAUGCGACAUUAUACUGGUCAUUGUUUGGGAUCACAACAAAGCAUGACCUCAGAAUCCAGAAUGGUCAAAACUUUACGGUGAUGCUGGGCCGCUUGAUGUUCAUGUUAUAUCAUUGUAUGGCUAUCAUUGUACUCAUUAACAUGCUGAUUGCCAUGAUGUCCAACUCUUUCCAAAAUAUUGAGAACCAUGCUGAUAUGGAGUGGAAGUUUUCCCGUUCCAAGCUGUGGAUGGGUUAUUUUGACGAGGGCUCCACUCUUCCUUCUCCCUUUAACCUUAUCAUCAGCCCUAAAUCUAUCUACUAUGCUGUCUGUUUUAUCAAGGACCUGCUCAGUAGCUGCGUGCAGGACAAACAACAUUUCCGUAGACCUAAGCGCCGUACCUCUGUGGGCAGUGUAAAGCCUGUUCCAAGUCCAGUGCCGAGAAGAGAAUUUAUGGACAUAAACUCAAAAGGAGCAGUGCAGAUCUCAACCAGAAUAAAUAUUAAUUCUGAAAAACCACCAACAGAGGUGAAGUACCGCCCCCCUUUGAGUGCUCAGACCAGUGUCCGAUCUAAUGAAGAGAAGCAUUACCAGGACAUAAUGCGGCGACUGGUCAGUCGGUACAUUCAUCAGUUUAAGAAGGACAAACAGUUGGAUGGAGUAAAUGAAGAUGACUUGCUGGAAAUCAAACAGGACAUCUCCAGUCUGAGAUAUGAAUUGAGAGGAGAUCGUAAAAGGGAGUCAUACCAGGCAGCCAACCUGCUACAGAGCACAAAACAGGAAAUCAUUUCACUCAUACAGAAGUUUAACAUGACUGUUCACCCCCUACAAUCAGGCACAGGUCAAGGUCAAAGCCCAAUGAAUGUCCCCUCAGACAAAGUUCAGACAAGUGACAGGGGUCAAGUGUUAACAUCCAAUGACCUUGAGCAGUUAAAAGAGGACAUUAUCAGUGGAAUUUGUUCCAGGUUACAUGAUAAUAUACAGACAUUUCAGGGAAUGGAAAGACUGCCAUCUAUUGACUCAGAUCUCUACACUACCCAUCUCUACACACAACUGUAAUGUAAUACAUGCUAUGUACACAUCUCUACACACAACUGUAAUGUAAUACAGGUUGCUUAUACAUCUCUACACACUAUUGUAAUGUAAUGCAGGCUGUGUAUACCUCUCUACACACUACUGUAAUGUAAUGCAGGAUAAUUAUACAUCUCUACACACAAAUGUAAUGUAAUACAGGUUGUUUAUACAUCUCUACACACAAAUGUAAUGUAAUGUAAUACAGGCUGUUUAUACAUCUCUUCACACAACUAUAAUGUAAUGCAGUCUGUUUAUACACACAACAGAAGAAUCCAUAUUUUCAGUGGAAUGAAAUUAAUUGUUUUGUUAAUAAUACAGGCCUUUAAAUCGCUUAGAAAAAAAAUGAGAUGUUGAAAAAAAAUAAAGGUAUGAAACUCUUUUCAUACUUUCGCCAAUAUCUUUUUUUUUGUACAUAAAAUUUUUUUCAGCGAUCCAAAGACCUGUGGUUGAUAACAAAACACACACACACACACAAAACUUUGAGAAUUUUUUGAUUUAGGAACAAAAAAAAUUGAAAUGUGUAUACUACAGACAUAAAGGCUUUUUAUUCACAAUUCGUAAUUGAUGUAUUUAUACAAAGUACCAACAUUAACAUAUCAUACUUGUUUUAUGUGUGUAAAGGAAAACC